GCGUUGGGCCUCACUAGUAACUCAUGCGAUUUUCUUGCGGUUUUCUUUCUCGAUAUACGCAGGUGGCGCGCGCAUUUGUUGUCGCGAUUAUCGAAUUUCCGAUCUUUGCUGGUAUUUGUGUCGAGUUUGUAUUUUAGGUAUUCGAAAUAUGAACUGUAUUAUAAGUAUACGUGUAUAGGUAUAGUGUUGUGUUGUGAAUCGUAAAUUGUAUGUGGCUUGUUUUAAAGACUGCGAUAAGUGCUCGCUGUAUGCUGUGCACAGUUUUUGCUAAUGGAAACGUAAUAACCCUUCUUGCAGUCGGGUAAUAAAGAUAUAAGCUUUAUGUUUAAUAACAUGGAUUCAAAUCGAAUAUUAUAUCUACCCUGAUUAUUUAAUUUACCACAAAACAAAAUGGUUAAUGGCAAUUACGUGUUAUAUGGAGACAGACCGUCUUCUGAAUCAGAAACUGUUGACGAUCAUGUACAAACACGCACUGCAGAGAGAAAAACUAAACGAAAAUCGAAUAGAAACUCUAAAGAGACACACAAUCAUAUCAAAGUAGAAUUGGACAAUGAAACCGAUGCGGUGAAGUUCGAAAAGAAAAUAAAAGAGCCACGUCUCCUCCGGUACGUUCCAAAUACUGAAGUUCAGGAAAACUAUUUAACAGAAAAAUUCGAGACCUACGAUCUGAAACCGACUGAAGAGCUUCCGAGACGAGCUUUUAUGAAGAAACCAAAAAACCCAGCCGACGGUUCUGUGAACUACGCUUACUCCCGUUCGAGUAGCAGUUGCAGCUCACCCAAUUUGCCGACGAUAUCUGAACACGGAGAACAGUAUGGCACGUACCGCGUACGAUCAUCACAAACGCCGCCGAUCAGCAAUCCGAUUACCGGUUACGAGAAUAAACUCGACAAGUAUUUCGCUAAGCCAAGGGAAGUGAAGACAUUCGCAGCAAAGGUAGGCUACUACGGUUCUCACCCGGACAGUUUGUACCGGAUACCAUCGGACAGCGGUGUUGGGACAGACAAAUUCGUGCGCGCUAUGCGACUUCUGCGAUGGCCUCUCGCACUGUUCACCGUGUGCGUGGCGCUCGCUUUGUUCGUCUACUUCUUGAUGCCUGUUAACAUGACUUCAGAUUCGGAUACAGUCAACGCAACAUAUUGGGAGCAAGGCACAUCACAAGCGCAACAUACAAACAAGAAUCAUUUAAAUUCAGCGCAAAACAAAGGAACAGAAAAAUCUCGGCCUCGUGGUACAAAAACACCAGAAAUCGACUUUUAUGACCCAGAUAACGGCGAGAAUCCAGACUUGACCACAUUAAUUGAUAUUAUAACAGAAAGAAGUCAGAAAAGGAAACUUCCAAUACCACCAGUUUUUCCUACACACAUAUCACCAGAAGUACAAUAUGGAAAUGAGAGGGUUGAUUCGGACAAAACGCGUUCACCAAAGAUACUAAAAGAUGUGACCACUGUGACCAGUGACUCGACUUUAAAACCACAUAUCACUCAAAAGCCAGAGAAGCCACUCGCUGUUUAUUUUAAAGAUGGGGACGGAGUGACCACAACCAGUACAGAGUCUGUGCCUAUAGUAGAAACUUUUGCUAACGCGGAAACUUCAAACGACAUUAACGCUUAUCUAAAAACACAAAAAAAUGGAUCACCGUCCACUCAGCCUGAAAUCAAAUUCAAUGAAGUGCCAACAUCGACGGUUUCAACGCUGCCAGAAUCUGAGAAGAAGUACGUCAAACAGAACUUCAAUGCUGGGCCGAGUUUCCCACCAGAGCUCCAAGAGUUUUAUGAUCAACCAAUAGUCAACAGCGGCAAAUUCACAUCAGGCCACUCCAAACUUUUUGGUAUUUCUAUAGAAGAUGCUGAAAAUAUGAAAUCUACUACUCAAAAUUCGUUGUAUAACACCAGAGUAUCCCCGACAUUACCUACUUGGCGUAACCGAGAUGAUUUCACGACAAAAAAGUAUCCAAUAAACGGUAACUAUGAUGUUCCCCAAUGCCGUUCUACUCGUCUGCCAUUUUGUCGGGGAGUCCUGCCGUAUGACUUAGCGACCGGUCCCGCUGCCAUCGGGGAUGUCGAUGUCACUACACUGCUGCCACAAAUAGAAUACCUAGUGAGCACAAAUUGCAGUCAACGGGUCCGCCACUUUGCCUGCACGCUCCUAGAACCUGAAUGCAGCCCGCCUCCGUAUUCGCAAAAAUUGCCCUGUUACAACUUCUGCAAAGCGAUCGUGGAUCAUUGCGACAACCUGAUACCCAGGGAGCUGCAGUCAAUGUUCUCAUGCAGCCAAUACUCCAGCAGCAACUGCGCCGGAGCAAGAGCACCUUGCUACUCUCGCGAGCUGGCGUGUGGGGACGGUACCUGCGUGCCGCGGGACUGGGUCUGCGAUGGCACCAGGGACUGUGCUGGAGGUGAAGAUGAAGCACCGUGCACAAAGUGCGAGGAUAAUGAAUAUCGAUGCAGUUCUGGAAUGUGUAUUACAAAACGCUGGCUCUGUGAUGGCUACGCUGAUUGUCCCAGCGGUGAAGACGAGCACAAAGAGUUGUGUCAGGGCCGCAGACUGGUGAACUUUCCUCGGGAGGAAGACAUCGAUGAGCCCGGCGAGGAACCGGCCGGAUCUGCACCCGCGCCUUCCGUCCGCAAGCCCAAUAGACUGCCUGUUGCUUAUGAAAGAGGUUAUGCAAAUAGAAAUGGCGAAAGCGAUAAUAGUAAAGAAUUGCUCAUGACAAGCGACAGCAGUAAUGCCUUCAGGCGUAACUUUACCCGUCGUCCCUCACCAUCGCGUCUAACACCAUACAAUCGCCCUAAGCCACUAGAUGUAAAACUAAACGCUGAUGAACAGACAAAACAAUUGAACCUCAGCAAAAAUAAUGAGACUGCAAAACAAACAGAAGACAAGCAAGAAUCAGAAGAAGACAUCAGUCUUGACGGCUUAGGUAUAUUCGAAGACAUUGAAAAAGUAAAACCUGAAGUUAAAGAAAAAACUGAAGCUGACAAAAGUGAAAACACAAAUAAGAAACUUAUUCCAAGGCAAAAUAUACGCAAGCAAGUAAAUCGUGUGAAACAACAAGACCCGCCGGUGAAACAAGCUGAAGAUAGCCCGACACAAACUCGUUUGGAUAAAACGCUAAAUAAACUUGAACGAAUAAUCGAUGGAGCUUCUAUGUUAAGGAAAGCGGCCCAAGCGCAACGAGAAGAAACUAAGGAUUCACCUGAAACGAACAGCACUAUGAUUGAUGAGCUAUCUCCCAGCGGAUACAACAGUGCACACGCUUCACCUUGCCCCAGUGGAGAACUGCGCUGCGUUGACGGCCGCUGCAUCACACUAGCGCAACUCUGCGAUGGAACUGUCGACUGCUCUGACCAUGCUGAUGAAGACAAUUGCUUUACAUAACAUCGCAUCUUUCAAGUUGUUAUUGUGUGAUUUGUAAAAAGCUUUCACGCGUGAACAUAGCUUCCUAACCUAAUUACAUCUGUAUGAAUGUAAUUUACGAACUGGUAAUAUGUAGUUUGUUUGCUCAUAAGAAUAUUAAACUGUAAGUUGUGCUUCAUACUCACAGAACAGAGAUCGCUAAAAGCUAACGCUUUUAGCAAUAGAAGUAGCAUAGGGGCGUGGCCCGCUUACACCCGGGUGUGCGGAGCUUCGCAAGCCUAUCCGCGUAUGUACUAGCAGUCUUGUUUCGUUGACUGACACGUUACGUCCUGCGGUUGUCAAAUUCGGUAAUUGAAAAUAAUUAAAAACGAUUAGAAAAAUGCUGUAUUGUGCCGUUUUGGAAUACAAAAACGCUAGCCGUCACAAACAUGUAUCAAAUUAUGGUGUUUUGUACCAUCGUUAAGACGUAUUUUAUUUUAUUUUCAUUAAAAUAUGAAAAAAUAAUUUUACUCAAAGUCACAAACUAAAAUUAACUUUACGGGAAUAGUACUAAAGUUUACUUUAUUUUAAUACAAGUUCGAUUUUCUCGAAGAUUCUGUUGACACCAGUGGGCAUACAUUUGUUGCAUCAACAACAACAACAAAACUAUCAUAAAUCAAAAAUUUACAAAAAUGAUUUUAUUGCAAUAAUUCUUCUAUUCCUAAUUAAAUGUAUUAAUUAUUAAUAUUAAUAGUUGUUGUUAUUUUAUAUUUAUAUAAUAAUAAAUAAAUAUACGAUUAUUUUAUUGUUUUCAAAGCCAAAGGUUUCAAUUGAAAAGCAGCAUAUUUUAUGCUUUUAAUAUCUCCUCUAUCAUUCAAUUUAUCAGAAAACUGCAAAACAUUUUGAAAAUAUGAUUUCAAUGUAUAUAUUAUAUUAUGCUUUAUAUACAAUAAGAGGAAAAAUAGACCCAAAAAUAGUUUUUAUUUUUCUUGUUUUAGUUCUCCUGAAAAAAGUGUAAUUUUGAUUUAUGUUAGUUUUGAAUUUAAGAAGCUGCCAUAUGUCAUUUGGCUAUUCAUUAAGGGAUGUCGAUAAUAAUAUAUCGAUAUUUUAUAUCUACUACUAUUAUAUUAUGAUGACACGAUCAUGAUGAAAUUUUCAAAAUUUUUUUUAGGAAUCCGGAGAGGAAAAAUAUUAAUCGAGGUGACUAGGAAGCAAAAUUUGUUUUAUGCAAAACCGCAUUGUAAUUUGUUCCAAACAUUUUACGCAGUCAGACACGUUAAUGUAAAGUGGAAACAGAAGAUAUUUAGUAGUCACGGCAGUGACAAACAAAAAGACUUUUUUUCUUCUAAAAGUCGUAUUCAUGUCUUUUAGGAUACAAAUAAAGUGACGAACUUAAAGUGUUAGGAAUAAAAUAAAUAUAUAAAUAGGAUAUAAUUGAGUUAUUUUCCGCAAAAAACCGACGAAUUAAAAAAAAUAUACUAUUGUGUUUUUUAUAUAUUUAGGAACUAUUUUUACUUUGCAGUAAAGAGUGAUCUUUUCGUUAAAAUAUUUAGGAAUUAAGGUUACGAAAUACUUAGAGCAGCUGGUCACGUGUUUCUCAAAACUUAAACGAACGAAUUUAGACAUUGCAAUAUUGUGACAUUGUGGUGUUUUUCUGAUGAUAUCUAAAGUUGACAGAUAGGCUUAUCAAUACUUGUAGUUUGGUCUAUUUUGUAUUGGCAAAUAUUGUACAUACAUACCGAAAAAAUUAUAAAAAAUCUUCUUCUGUAAUUAAAUAUAGUUGGAAAAAAAUAGUCUGAGAAAGAUAUGACGACACUGUACUAUCUCGUGUUUUAUUUUUUAUUAUUUGUUUUUAUAUAACUUUCAUUUGUUAUUCAAAUUGUCCUGAGAAAUUUGUGAAACAUUGUUAUCAUUGGUUUUUCCAAAUGUAUCACUCCGAAACUACUUAAUAAAAUCUAAUGGAACUUAGCACAAUUUAAGCAAAUAGUACGAAGAAGGUUAUAGAUUCUUCAUGUUGCGAAUAUAAAAAUAGAAAGGGUGAAAUAGGGUUAUCCCCUAUUAGUUAAGGUUUCGUGGAAAGUACUAAAUUUUUCAAGUACACAAAUUAUGAACUUGUGUUUGACCUUCUUUGUUGUGUAAACUCGAAUCGUGCAAAGUUUCUGUUGAAUUAAUGUUUUUUCAGAGUGGUUCAUUAAAACAAAUGCUUUUUUAUACUUUCUUGUGUGUGUUUCUUCACAUAUUUUUAAUUUUUGAUUGACCUAUGUUGUUCUUCUUAGUUUUAUAAAACUCAAAUGUUUUUAAACAAUAGACGUUCGUUUUAUGUACUGCGAGUAACGAGACUAUCGAUGUUUAAGACUAUCGUUAUUUCACAUCCCUAGACAAUAUUAAUAAAACAAAGUUAGGAUCAUUUUGAAUCUUAUUUAUAAGGUAAUAAAGCUUAUAAAUAGAGACAACUAGUGACGAGUAGCGGUACUAUAGAUUUCAUUCAUGAAUUUUCAUUCAAGAAUUUUCAUUUGUUCUGAGACAACAGUAAUAAAUAAUUUUCAACUCUAAAAUAAGGGUAACAUAUUUAUUUUUUCACUAAAUAUUAAACAGCCAAUUAAGUGAAGAGUUUAUCAGUGUGAUAAGUAUUAUUACACUAUAAAUGUGUUUGUAAGGCCACGCCCCCGGGUACGCUGGUUUCAAUACAAACGGUUGGCACUUUAUAAAUCUAGUUACUUCUUAUAUCUGUGUUCAUACUAAUAUGGAAAAUAUAUUACGUAUAUUUUUAGGAUUGUAUUGUUACCCAAACAUCGAAUUUUUAAACUAAGUGCUUAGUUUUCUCUAAAUCUGCUGCAAAAGAAAAUUGUGAGAAGAAUAUCCGGUAAAGAUCAUGUUUUCUCAUAAAAUUUGUAUUCGCCUUAUUACUUUUGACGAUCAUCAUCAUCAUCUGAAUUAACAGCCGAUGAACGUCCUACAGUGGACUUCCAAACAAAAUGAUCCCGAGCCGCCAGCAUCAGCGGCUUGAUAUCCUCGGUCCAUCUAGUGGGGGGUCGAUCAAUACUGUGCUUUCCGGUGCGGGGUCGCACCUUGGGACCCCAACGUCCGUUGGAUCUUCAAACAGGCAGAGCGGGCCAUAUAGCCUGCCCUUUGCCACUUCAGUGACUUUUGACGAAAAAUCUUAAAAUACCGAUUGCUGGCAUUGUCUGUAUUAACAUUGUUUUCUCAAUUUUCGUAGCUAUCUUAAUUAACGUGCUUAUUAUUAUUUUCUUUUUUUGUGAUAGAUUAUAAUAAUUUUAAUUAAUCUGUAAAAUUUAACCUAGUUUAAACUGCUUCAUUUAUUAAGUUUAAUAAUUUGAUAGUAUGUAAUUUAAGUUAAGAUAAUAUUUUUAAUGUAAGCUGUGAUAAAGCAAUGCAUGUUAUCGAUAGAAUUAUUUGAAUAAAUAACGCUUAAAUUGCGUUAAAGGACAGUAGGUACUUGAAAAUCACCGUACCUCACGUGUUCCACUGUAAAAAUGUUUUUAUCAGUUUAGAAUAAAGUGCACAAAAGUGAACUUUGUUAAAAUUUAGUUAUUUUACAUAUAAGAGGUACAAGGAACCUACUCGUAGGUAAUAAUAAAUUGAACUUACUAUCCAUACAUUUCUCGAAGAAACAUCAAACUAAAUUAAUUAUUGAUAAGAAUUUAUAUAGAUUGGUGCAAAAAGUAACCGGCUCGAAGGACCAUGUUGACUGUAUUUAGUUAAACGGUCAUAAAUUUAUUUUUUCUUUGACAUUUUGAGAAAUUUAAAAUAUUUGACGAUGUUGUGAUUAACUUUCACAUUUGUGAUUGCGACUUAAAUACAUAGUCUAUCCUUUAUGGUUAAGAACUGAUUACAAUAUGUAUUAUUUAAAUUAACCGUUCAUACUUUUAGCUAUACCGAAACAAAAACCGUAUCUGUCGUGAUUUGAUCUUUCGAGACUUUGCUUUGAAGAUUUGAAGAAAAAACUAAUGAAAAUGAAAAUGAUGGUAUUUUUAGUUUUUGUAGAUAAGUUGUUUGUACGAUAGAAUUUAUUAUCUUAAUUAGUUUAUCUUUGUAAAUAAUAUUAGAAAUAUUUAUUUAUUUUGAGAUCUCUAAGUUGAUUUAAUUGGUUCUUGUGUUAUGUUGUUCAACAUUAUAUUAUUUUGUACUUAAGUAACGAUGCGCUUACACGGGAAAUUGAUUGAGAUUUUCUUGGCACCACGUAUAGAUCAAUCCGGAGCAAUCAAUGGAGCAAUUAGGAUCAAUUUCAAUAAAGUUCUGCACCAUAUUGCUUGUAAUUGUUCUAUAUAUAUUCCAUAUUUCUUAUUGUCCUCGACGCGUUUUGCGCAAUGUCUAUUCUCGAUUAGGAACUCUUUCGUUGAUAUAGUUGUCGUUUUCACAUUAGUGAAUGAUGACUGCGUAUUCCCCGUUGAAGUAGGUAACUUAUUUGUUAAUGUAUUGCAUAUUAUUAAAUGAGGCGUGACGUCAUAAUUAACAUGAUAUUACCUAUAGAAUGGAGCGAUUUGAAUUGCCCGUGUAAACGCGUCAUAAUCUACUGUUUAAGGAUAAGAAAAAUAAUCUUAAUACUCAGUUAUGUAUUCAGGUCUGUAACUAGUUAUUGUUAAAAAUUCUCAUUAAUCAAAGAUAUUUAACAAAUAUCUUAGUUAUUAAUAAGUCUAGCUAUCGAACGUUACCUACCUACCUUGACAAAAAUGUAUUUUUACCAUUUUUUUUUGAUAAUAUUAUAAUAUAAGCUUCGGAUAUCCAAAGUAAAGGUCAUAAUAUUAAUAUAAAACACUCUUAUUUGAUACCGAAUAUUUACUGUAUUGUACUUGUAUAUGCUUAGUAACUAUCAUACGAGUGUUAAGGCGACAUACGAGUGUUUGAGGGUGGAGGCGGUAUUUUGAGCACAAAAUUACCGAAGAACCUACUUCAUCCACAGUCGGAGCUUAUAAACUCGCAGUAUCCUUUAUAUUUAAUUAAUAGGUACUAAGGUAAGUGUAAUGGUAGAUUUAUUGUAUAGACACUUUUCUAAAUUUUGAUACGAUAAUAAAUAGUAUGCCAUGUUUUAUAAUA